GAUGCUUCUUUCUUCAACAUAAUCCCCAUCACAUCACCUUUUCCUCAAACCUUACCACAUUCCUCAAUCUUCACAGGGAAAAUACUUGACAACUUUGAUAAAUCAUGACGACAAAGGUAACCGCGUCAGAUGGCGAAACCAUCUCUUCAGAGCUAGCUUCAACUUCUAAUAUGCUCGGUUUAGGUGUACCUCCUCCUUCCCCUUCUCCUUCACCUUCUCCCGCAUCUUCUACCUCUGGAUUAAAACCUACCACAUCGGUAUUCACCACCUACCCUCAUUUAAGUUAUUACCUUCACAACUUACUCUUGAGCUUGGAGAAUAGUCCUCCUCGAAAGGGCGCUCAACAUCCACUCAGCGUUUCCUCUAGUGGGGAAUCGGACGAUGAAACGACUCAUCAUCCCACUCAGGAAUCAUCUCAGGGCGUUGAAAAUCCAAAUCGUUCGUCUAUGACAUUACAAACGCCACGUCCAAAUGUCACACGAGCUGUGGGGAACAAAGAAAAAGAAGAAUUGGUAAGACGUGUAGUUGAAUUACUUGAUAAUGAUCAAGAAGAAAUAUUGAAAGAAUUACUUCGACCUUAUCUUGGUACUUUAGGAAAGGAUGAAGUGCUUUUAGAACAAGUUUGUUUAGAUUGUAUGCAUCGUCGUAGAGACGACGUCGAAAACGUACCCUACGCCCCUCAUUUGACUCCCACAAGACCAAGAGCAUCACCUGCGAUAACUGUAGCACCUCUUCGACCAUUCACACCUCCACGUCUCCCAUCAUUCCGUACUCGUACUCCCAUGGGAAGACCAUUAUCACCUUCAGUAUCUGCGAAUCAAACUCCUACUUUUACUCAUACCUCCGCAUUGACCAAAUCAGAUAUUCCACUUGAAGGUUCACCCUUGUCAGCUUCGAAAAUGCUCAAUGCAAAAGCCAUCACUUUUAAUCCUUCCCCACGUUCGAUCUCUGUACCCCUUCACACUUCACCAUUCACCUCUGGAGCUUCUGCCAUGGCGAGGACAGGUUCAAAUCUCGCCAUUGCGACACCUCUAUUCAGCGAUCAAUCCAGUCCUUUUCACUCGCCCAUUGGUACUCCCAGUAGACCCACUAUCAAGAUGCCUGAAACGUCUCUCUCCCCACCUCAAGACAGACCUUCGAGUAGAGGAAUCAUACUAGACGACGAUGACGAUGAGUUCUCCCCAUUUGGAACUGGAUUGCCAAAAUUACAUCAUCACCAACAAUCCGCGCUGAACCUCGACGCUAAGCCUUUCGAGCCGGGUUCAUCCAGUAGCGGACAUACGAGUCUCUCCGCACAAUCAUUCGGAACGUUUCAAUCAGAUCCUGCGGCUCAACUCGCAGGGGCAGACCUGGCAAGAGCGGAGGAGGAUGCUCUCGAAACAAGCACAGGUAUGACUCCGCUGGACGUUUUGGCCUCUGUAUUCACAUCUGUCCCUCGGUCCGAACUCGAGGAUGCUCUCCAUCGAGCUGGAUACGACUUUGAAGGAGCUAUGGCUAUCCUCGUCGCGCAGUACACUCAGCCCAGAUCAGGUUCAUCAACUCCUCAGAGAGUGUCCUCGCCGCGCCCUCUCAUCGGCAUAGGUGGUCGAGGUGCUGUAUCGACAAACUUUCCUGCACCGCGCGAUGGGUAUUUUGUCCAAGGAGGGAGAACUCAUAAUGGAAAUUUGAGUCCUGGCUAUGGACCUAGGAGUCCGGGCGGUCCUCCAGUCAGGAUGUGCAGGUACUAUCUCACGGGUGAAUGUCGGCGAUCGGACUGUCGAUUUAGUCAUGAUCUUGAACGAGCUUUGUGUCGUUUCUGGCUGCGAGGACAUUGUGCCAAAGGACCAAACUGCGAAUUUCUUCAUCACCUUCCUAAUGGGUUCGAUCCCUCUGCUCUCACUCAAGCAAUGGCUUCUGUGGAGCUCUCUUCAGAUGGUUCAGCACGUGCAACGACUCCCACAACAUCGGGUUAUGCACCGCCAGAUGAAUUUCCCGAUCUUCUCGCCGCUCGAAUAAAUCGUUCCAACGGUAAUCGACUGGACCCUUCGCGGACAAGAUUCGCCAACGCGGUCAAACGUCCCGCUCCUGGACCUGUCACUCUUCCCUCCAUCCAGAUUGCAGGAUCUCGGUUCUCCCCCGUCUCGCAGUCUGGUUCUCGUGUAUUAGAAGCAGAAAGAACUUCCGUACCUGCAGUACCUCGAGCAUCAGCACGUAUCGCUCUCCGACCUCCUACUCUACUUCCCACGCUACAAACAGGUUCCAAGGUUAACGAGCAAUACAUGUCCACUAGAGCGCUCGCUAUCCGUUUAGGUCAUGCACGUAACGCUUGUCUCGCCCGAGCUGCCGACGCUUUCCGUCGUGGGGAUGGUGCAGCCGCCAAGAGAUUCUCUAGAGAGGGUAAAACGCUCAACGAACGCAUGUUGAGCGAAGCUACCGAAGCGGCUCAACUACUGGUCAGGGAGAGAAAGCUUGAGGCACAAAAGGCGGCUAGGGAAAGAGAUCCUUCUUGGAGUGACGAUCCUCUUGAUAGGUCUGUAAGAGGAAGAGAGUGUGGUGGAGGCUUAGGGGUGGUGUUGGGUGUAGCAGGUACGAGAGCGGUGUCGGGUGGAAAUAUGUUGUCGGCGGAAGAGAGGACAGAGGCUGUUAUCGAUCUUCAUACUUUACAUGGGAAUGAAGCUCAAGAGAUUUUGGCUCAGUUCCUUGAUCAGCUCGAACUGGAGAAUUUCCGCGGUCUCGUAUACGUGGUAGUGGGAGAAGGUAAACAUGUCGGUACGCAAGAUGCCGCCAGGGGCGCUUCGAAAAUCCGACUUGGGGCGAGUGUGAGACAAUACCUUUCGGAUUGGUCUUACCCGUGGAAUGAAACUGCGGGAGUUAUAUGUGUUGACCCUUGCCGGAAUUAG